AUGGCAAUCGCAUUCGCGCGUGAUGGGAAUGCGGAGCGCGGAAGUGCCCCACUGCCAAGCAAAGAUUGGUGCAGGGCCCCAAAUAUCGCUCGCCAAAGCCAAAGCUCCGAAGCAGGUGUUUACAGUACGUCAUCCCAUCGCCAAAUUCCACCUGACGGCUCGGUAUUACCAUCAGUUUACCACUCCGCUUUCGCUACCGACUCGGGAAUCUACCGUCAGGCUACUUGCGCACAACCCGCUUCUUCACAGCUCUCACGUAGCACCUCUCUACUGUUGGUCAAGGCUGUCGCGAUGAAUUCGAUCAAGCGGCAGAAACAGCGCAAGGUGCUGCUGAUGGGCAAGAGCGGGGCUGGCAAGUCGUCGAUGAGAAGCAUCGUGUUUAGCAACUAUGUCGCCAAAGAUGUCCGUAGGCUGGGCGCGACAAUCGACGUCGAGCACAGCAAUAUCAAGUUCAUGGGAAACCUGAUGCUCAAUCUCUGGGACUGUGGAGGUCAAGACGGCUUCGUCGAGAACUAUCUCAACCAAUCUAGGAACCACGUCUUCGGCUCCGUCGCUGUCCUCAUCUUCGUCUUCGAUAUCGAAUCACGCGAAUUCGCAGCCGAUGUCGUCUCUUACUCCAACAUCAUACGUGCCCUCCAUGAGUGCAGCCCUGGCGCCAAAGUCUUCUGCCUCAUACACAAGAUGGAUCUUGUGCAAGCCCGCCUUCGCCAGGCCAUGUUCGACGAACGCGCCGAGUACAUCCGCGAGGCUAGUGAAGGCUUCAAAGACACUGUCGAGUUCUUUGCGACCAGUAUCUGGGAUCAGAGCUUAUACAAGGCUUGGACAAAGAUUAUCUACUAUCUGAUCCCCAACGCAGGCACCAUCGAGGCGCUGCUGGAACAGCUGGCAGAGGUCAUCGAUGCGAGAGAACUCAUCCUGUAUGAGCGGACGACAUGUCUUACUGUUGCCCAUGUCACAAGACAGACCGAAGAAUCAAAUCCCUUCACAGAUCGUUUCGAGCGCAUUUCAAGCAUCCUCAAGACACACAAGCAGAGCAUGGCAAAACACACAAAUAUCCCCGCCGGUAGCGCAAACUUUGCAGAAAUGCAAAUCAAAACCGGUCGCUUCAUGUUCUUCAUCACACGCCUGACCGAAAACACAAAUCUCGCAGUCGCCAUCCCACCUUCCGAACAAGUAUUCAACGCUGCCCGUGUGAACAUCUUCCAGGUGCGACCCAAGUUUGCCGAACUCGAUAUCGCAGCGAAACCAAGACCUCCUAUCCAGCAGGCUUUCGCCGGGAGUGCUGACACAAGCGAUAGUACAGAUAAAGGGAAGCAGAAGGAGGUAGGAUAUGCCUCCGGAGUUUAG